AUGCUCAGCAAUCCCGAGAGCCUGCUCCUUGCUUCGCCCUCAAUAACCUCCUCUUCAACACCAUUAAUGCUGUCAACUUCGAACAGCCUUGCGGUUGAGGUGGACGAUACCAUGAUCAGAGAUACCCAAGAACAAGAAGGUGAUCCAGAAGAAAACAACGGUUGGUUUUGGACGGAGACGACGCAACCGGACCCCUUUGCCGCUCCGUUCUCCACCCCACCUCGUCAAGGCAGGAUCUUCUUUUCUCCCCCGAGGAGCUUGGACACGCUUACCGCCAAGCGAACCCAAUCCGAAGACCUGACUCGCACCAUUCAUUGUGUUCGACCGAGGGAUGAGACUGAGACCGUGCUGAGCGCGGACAGCCACCUUCGCUUCUUGUCCGCCUUCUCGCGGGCGGUCAACCGCGGCAAUAUGUGUCUUGAUCUCAACGCGUUCGCCCAGCUCGGCCGGAUCUGCUAUUUCCAAGGCCUGCAGAAUCUCAGUCUCCGCUCGAACCAGCUCACCAAACUGCCGUCCGAGAUCGGCAAUCUGCGGAGCUUGAGGGUCCAAGCUGGUGUACAACCGGCUUGA